GGGUUGGCUGCUACUCUGAGGCCGGACUCAACGGAUCCGGGUCUCGCCACCCGGCGAGCUGGCCGUCCGGCCCUAGCCCGGAGCCAGCAAGCGAGCCAGGGGGCGCCGCGCGAUUUUCUUGUAAAUGCAUCACCAAAAGGCAGCCCAGAAUGAAGAAAGCAAGCAGGAGUGUUGGCCCAGUGCCUAAAGUGUCUGGGAUCAGUAAAACACAAGCUGUAGAAAAAAUCAAACCUGAAAGCAGCUCUUCAGCAUCCACAGGAGGCAAACUCACAAAAUCGGGAACAGCAACAUCAUUGUCAAAGACCAAGAGCAGUGAUGACCUUUUAGCUGGAAUGGCAGGAGGGGCAACAGUGACUAAUGGUGUUAAAGGAAAGAAAAGCACCUGCCCAUCUGCAGCAGCAUCAGCGCCCGCCCCUGCCAUGAACACCGUGGAGAACAAAGCCAAGAUCAGCACAGGCACAAGUUCUUCAUCCAAGCGGAGCACUUCUACAGGUAAUAAAGAAUCCAGUUCUACCAGAGAGAGAUUGCGUGAACGCACUCGACUAAACCAGAACAAAAAACUACCUUCUGCAAGUCAGGGUGCUAAUGAUGUGGUGCUGGCCAAGCGUCCCCGCAGUCGCACUGCUGCGGAGUGUGAUAUUCGUAUGAGUAAGUCUAAAUCGGACAAUCAGAUCAGUGACAAAGCUGCUUUGGAAGCCAAAGUGAAAGAUCUUCUUACGCUGGCCAAAACCAAAGAUGUGGAAAUACUGCACUUGAGAAAUGAACUCCGAGACAUGCGUGCUCAGCUGGGCAUUAAUGAGGACCCUUCUGAGGGGGAUGAGAAGUCUGAGGAGAAGGAAACCAUUAUCGCUCACCAGCCGACUGACGUCGAGUCCACUCUGUUGCAGUUACAACAACAGAAUACUGCCAUCCGUGAAGAACUCAACCAACUGAAAAAUGAAAACAGAAUGUUAAAGGACAGGUUGAAUGCGUUGGGCUUUUCCCUAGAGCAGAGGUUGGACAAUUCUGAGAAAAUAUUUGGCUAUCAGUCCCUGAGCCCAGAAAUCACCCCUGGUAACCAGAGUGAUGGAGGAGGAACUCUGACUUCUUCUGUGGAGGGCUCUGCUCCUGGGUCUGUGGAGGAUCUGUUGAGUCAGGAUGAGAACACACUAAUGGACCAUCAGCACAGCAAUUCAAUGGACAACCUGGACAGUGAGUGCAGCGAGGUUUACCAGCCACUCACCUCAAGCGAUGAUGCCCUCGAUGCCCCCUCCUCCUCUGAGUCGGAGGGCAUUCCGAGCAUAGAGCGCUCUCGGAAGGGGAGCAGUGGGAACGCAAGUGAAGUGUCAGUUGCUUGCUUGACUGAACGGAUACACCAGAUGGAAGAGAACCAACACAGCACGAGUGAGGAACUUCAGGCCACCCUGCAGGAGCUGGCAGACUUACAGCAGAUCACCCAGGAACUGAACAGUGAGAACGAAAGGCUUGGCGAGGAGAAGGUCAUCCUCAUGGAAUCGCUAUGUCAGCAGAGCGACAAGUUGGAGCACUUUAGCCGGCAAAUUGAAUACUUCCGCUCCCUUCUGGAUGAGCAUCACAUUUCGUAUGUCAUAGAUGAAGAUGUGAAAAGUGGGCGCUACAUGGAACUAGAGCAGCGCUACAUGGACCUAGCUGAGAAUGCUCGCUUUGAACGAGAGCAGCUUCUUGGUGUCCAACAGCAUCUGAGCAAUACUUUGAAGAUGGCAGAACAAGACAAUAAGGAAGCUCAAGAAAUGAUAGGGGCACUCAAAGAACGAAACCACCACAUGGAACGGAUUAUUGAGUCUGAGCAGAAGGGGAAGGUGGCCUUGGCCGCCACAUUGGAAGAGUAUAAGGCCACAGUGGCCAGUGACCAGAUUGAAAUGAACCGCUUGAAGGCCCAGCUGGAGAAUGAAAAGCAGAAAGUGGCAGAGCUGUACUCCAUCCAUAAUUCUGGGGACAAAUCUGACAUUCAAGACCUCCUGGAAAGUGUCAGACUGGACAAAGAGAAAGCAGAGGCCCUGGCCGGUAGCCUGCAGGAAGACCUGGCUCACACGCGGAACGAGGCCAAUCGGUUGCAGGACACCAUUGCUAAGGUAGAAGAUGAGUACCGAGUCUUCCAAGACGAAGCUAAGAAACAAAUUGAAGAUCUGAAUAUGACAUUGGAAAAAUUAAGAUCAGAGCUGGAAGAAAAAGAGACUGAGAGGAGUGACAUGAAGGAAACCAUCUUUGAACUUGAAGACGAAGUAGAACAGCAUCGAGCUGUGAAACUUCAUGACAAUCUCAUUAUUUCUGAUCUAGAGAAUACAGUUAAAAAACUCCAGGACCAAAAACAUGACAUGGAAAGAGAAAUCAAGACACUCCACAGGAGACUGCGGGAAGAAUCUGCGGAAUGGCGGCAGUUUCAAGCUGAUCUCCAGACUGCAGUCGUCAUCGCAAAUGACAUUAAAUCUGAAGCCCAGGAGGAGAUUGGCGACCUGAAGCGCCGGUUACACGAGACUCAAGAAAAAAAUGAGAAACUCACAAAAGAACUAGAGGAGAUAAAGUCACGCAAGCAAGAGGAGGAGCGAGGUCGGGUCUAUAACUACAUGAAUGCUGUUGAGAGAGAUCUGGCAGCCCUACGACAAGGGAUGGGGCUGAGUAGGAGGUCUUCGACGUCCUCCGAGCCAACCCCCACUGUCAAAACCCUCAUCAAGUCCUUCGACAGUGCAUCUCAAGUACCAAAUCCUACUGCAGCUGCAAUUCCUCGAACGCCUCUGAGUCCAAGUCCUAUGAAAACGCCCCCUGCAGCAGCUGUAUCCCCUAUGCAGAGACAUUCUAUAAGUGGACCAAUCUCAACGUCCAAACCCCUAACGACUCUGACGGAUAAGAGACCAAACUAUGGGGAAAUCCCUGUUCAAGAGCAUCUGUUAAGGACAUCUUCAACCAGCAGACCUGCUGCUCUGCCAAGAGUGCCUGCCAUGGAGAGUGCCAAGACCAUCUCAGUGUCUCGACGAAGUAGUGAAGAAAUGAAACGGGACAUUUCUACACCAGAGGGCGCAUCACCGGCCUCACUUAUGGCUAUUGGAACCACGUCCCCACAGCUCUCCCUCUCCUCCUCUCCCACAGCAUCUGUGACUCCCACCACCCGAAGCCGGAUAAGCAGUGUUACAACAAACUUCUUUGAACCCAUAAGCAGACCUUUCAUUGAGGUCACCUUUAAACCAAAGCAGGAAUCUGAUGGGCUGGCACUCGAACAGAAAAGUACAUUUCUUCAGGACAGCAAUCUGACUACAUGUUGGAAUGAAUUUGGGAAGAAAGGAAGGACCCUCUCUCAGCACUGGCAAGAGAAUAUGGAGGAUCAAAGAGGAAUGCCUUGCUGAAGUGGUGUCAGAAGAAAACAGAAGGUUAUCAGGUAAUGGUAUGGUUCAUUUGUCCCACAUGAGCAGUUCCCAAACCGAAUACCAGUGUCAUAGCCCAGUGUGUGUCUCACAUUAGAAACGAUGAAGUCCUAUACCAAUUCCAGAAAUACAUUCUCCAAGUCUUACCUGCAUGUGGCUAAGAGUCACUUCGAUGAAAUUUUUGUUACCUUUCCAGAGUACCUAAUCUUUCUAGUUCAGCUAUUACAUCGCUUUCUUAUUCAAGUCCAGAUUAAAUGCUACCCUUGAGGUCUCAUCUGGACUUAAAAUGAAAAUAUAUUUAUUUUACUUAAAAUUUAACAGUUUAAUUAUUACGUUUAUGGUAUUCUUUUGGCCACGUUUUUCAUCAUGUAUUUCCUGGUCACUGUGCUGUUUUUGCUUGUGCCCUCAUUGUUUCACAUCUGGACUAUUGCAGUAGUCUGCCUAUUUCUCCACUGUCUGUCUGUAUCUUUCUUUCAAUAUUUUAUUCAUGCUUUAAGUCAUGUUAAAUAUGGCAUUACGAGGAGGUGCUGAUGCCAUACAAAAUGGAAACCUCUAAAAUGUGUCCAUUUGACUGCAAAAAAAUUUAGAUUCUCAGUGUCCUUACAUAUUAUUUUAGCUAUAGAGACUCUUGAUAGCUUACAGCCAGUGUUCUUUGUUGCUGUUUCAUAUUUUGGUGCAACUUCACAAACCACAGCAUGAGAAGGUAUGGGAUAAAGAAUUUUGUUUUACCCUAGGUAAGAUGGCAUUUGUCCUUGGCUCUGGAGAAAUAACCCUUGGAGUAAUUGGGGUGCCUUGGUCUGGGACUUGCAGCCCACACCAAAGAAUUUGUGCUGGAGAGUGGGGCCUGGCCAGACCAGAAAAGACUCACCUGGGAGGCUGUUACCAACUAGCCCAAAGACGCAUGAGUUAACCUAUCAUAUAGGACUAGCCAAUAAGAGCCCUGAACAUGGAGGCACAGAGAGCCUCCUGUUUGGUGGGAAUACCUGCUCUCAGGAGUAUAGCAUGUCUUUAACUCAUGGAAGCUCUGCACUGUUAACCCAUCCAGACCUUGCCCUAUGAGUCUCUCUUUUUUUUUUGGCUAUAAUAAAUCCACAGUUACAAAUGUGGUAUACUCUCCAUGAAUUCUGUAAGUCGUUCCAGCAAAUUACUGAACCCAAAGCGCCAGUAGGAGCCAUCAUAUCAGAAAGUAAAGGUAUCAUGUGGACUCCUGAGCUUGCUGCUGGCAUCCUAAAGAAUAGUGGGAAAGCAGCCCUGAAUUUGUGACCAGAAGGUCAAAAGUUUGGGGUGUUGCGUGGACUCCACAAACUUACGGCUGGCAUCUGUCUAUUUGGCAGUCUGAAGGAUGGUAUCCUUUUAAUUUGUGAGCUCUCACCCAGCUCCAGGAGCUACACUUAGAGAAGGGACGUCAUGGGAGCAGCUAGUGACAAAGAAGUGGAAAUGUGAGGAGUGGAUCAGUCUCUACAUUUUGGGGAUUGGAUUCAUGCUGAUCUCACUGUACAGAAGGGAACUGGGAUUUACAGUGCAAGGGAUUGCUUUUAUAUGGCCUUUCUUGCCGUGGUCUUGUAACUCCUACCAAAUGAUUGGAGGGAACUAUGUAGAUAAGGUACUUGUGGCCCACCGAGGGGAUUGGACAGCUUGCUAAUAAUACAAACAAGGUGCAUGGCACCCUUGUGGGGGUGGGACCAUGCAAAUAAGGUAUAUAAAAUGAGGGGAUUUGUCAGCUUUGCCAUCCAUCCUGCUAGGCUUAAAAUGAGCCAUCCCAGAGGUGGAAAAGGGGGACCCCACUACCACCAAGAAAGAAGAGCUUGGAUUGGAACACAUCUUUGGGUCCCAGAAUCCCUACACUGAGACCCUCCUAGGCCCAGGAGACAUAGAGACAGAGCUGUAACACUGGAGAAGGUGAGAGAUGGCAGGAAGCAGUGGCAGAGAAAUAGCAGCAGCAGAGGCAGCAGAAGCAGGAGACCGGCAGGAUAUGGCUUGGUGGGCUUCCUGCUCUACAGAACAAGAGAACUGAGCACCUUUGGGCAGGAGGCUUGCUGGCAGAGUAGGGUGCCUCCGGGCACUGGUCAGCAGAGCUAGGCUUGCGGACCCACGGGCCUAGAGAACUGAGCACCUCUGGGCACUUAUUGGUGGAGCUAAAGAGCUUUAUAAUACUUGCCUAAGCAAGGAAGAGGGGCAGAGAGGCCGAGGGGCAGAGAGAGGCCUGCCUGCAGGCAUGACUGAGAAGAGGCUGUCCUGAUCGAGGAACUGUAUUCUGAAUUGUUUCUGAUCUUGGAUUGUAAUCUUUUACUUCCCUAGUAAACCCCAUAACUGUGAGUAGUGUUUGUGAGUUCUGUGUGGCCAUUGCAACAAAUUAUAGAACCCAGCAGAGAAGUAGAGAGUGCUGUGGGAGGGACAGCAGUGUCA